AUGGUGUAUGAAGUUGUUAUAGUUCACGAAGGCUAUAUUAAUGAAGAAGACGAUUACACUUUGAGGAAGAAUUGUACUUGUACCUUGAUAAAGGGAAAAGUUAAUGUAAUUGUUAACACCAUGACACCUUGGGAUAAGAGCCAAAUUUUAUCUGUAUUAAAGGACCACAAAUUAGAAACCUCUGAUAUAAAAUAUGUUAUCAGCACACAGCCAACUUCUGGGUUCGCCGGAAACAACUUUAUGUUUGAAAACAGUUACCACAUUGUUGGACAUGCAUAUACUCAGAAGAAUACUUACCUUUUUGAGCCAUUUUCAUAUGGUAACCCUCUUUGUAUAGAUGGGGAUGAUCUCAAAGUAAUUCCAACAUCUGGCUGUACUCUAAAGGAUGUGUCAGUUUUAGUAAAAACUGCAGAUGGUAUAGUUGCUAUUACUGGUGCUCUAUUUCUAAAUGAAGAAGAUUUGAAAAAUGAUUAUAAAUCAAUCAGAUUUUGUAAUGGCAGCUAUUUUCCACAAAAUCAGAUACACAGCAGGAGAAUGAUAGUAAAAAUAGCUAACUAUAUUAUUCCAGGAUAUGGGAAAAUGUUCGAGGUUGAUGAAAACGUUAAAAAAUCCUUUUUGGACAGAAUAAUCCUUUAA